UUGACACCCCGCCAACCUACACAGCUCGCCUUCAUCUUUCCUCCUAAUCACUUCAUAAUGACCUCGGAAGCAUCGCGACCAAAGUAUGACAGCCUGCCUGGAAUAGACACCGCCCCAGACGUUUAUGAAACCCCCGAUCUCGCCGAAGAUGUGUCUACAAUACAAGCCUCGACUGCAAUAUCCGAGUCGGAGUAUGAUGACUCCGACCCAGACAGCUCUGCCGUGAAUCAUCAGCGCUUGCAGACAGAUCAGGCACGCAACAGGUUCCAACCCUCGCGAGUGGACGCCAACGGCGUAGACUUCUCGGACAACAUUGCGCAACGGCAAGCGUACCGCACAUACACACGGCAACGGCGGCGAGGCGAGAUCCUGGGGGACGACAGCGAUGAAGAGCAGGAAAGCUUCACGCGGAAGCUUAUGAGGGUGAAGCAGGAGUUGCAGGAGCUGGAGGACGAAUACGAACAGAGGAAGCAGUCCGGGGACAAGACUAAGAUUGAGGAGCGAGACGCAAAGGACGUAAUGGACCUCAUCUCAGACAAGGUCGACGAAAUCUAUGCAAGCCGGAGGGGAGGCGUCCGAGGAGCGGAACCGCUGCUGGACCGGACAAUACAGAAGUUCAAUGACUACGAACCCUUUGCGCCGAGCUCGAAGAUCACAGCAGCCAUUGCGAAUCAGCCUCCACUACCCGGGACACAGAUUCAAAAGAGUCAACUGGAGCAUGUGCUGAGCCAAGCAGCAGAGUUCGACCAACGGAUAACGCAAAUGGAGAACAGCCUCGGGCUUAACGGCAACACCAUACCAGAGAUGAGCGAGGACUCCACAUUCCCAGUCUUCACAACGUUACAAAGACUAGAGCAAACGCUCGGUGCCAUUGGCGAUGCCUCGACCAAUAACCUUGAUGGAGCCUCACAACAGAUCAAGAAACUAAUAGAGGAGGCCGAGGCUCUCAAAGAAGCACGAUUAGAAGCCUCACGCGCCGGCUCAUCCUCUGAUGACAACAAGGCCGUCACAACGCCUGAUCAAGAAGCCAAAAUCAAUGCGCUUUACGGUACCCUACCCUCAAUCGACAAGCUCUCGCCUAUCCUACCUCUUGUGCUCGAGCGCCUACGCACAUUGCGCCUUGUGCACACAAGCGCGUGGCAAGCAGAUGAGGUGUUGACCGAGCUGGAGUCGCGACAGUCGAAGCAAGAAGAGGAGAUCAAAAAUUGGGAGAAGCAGCUAGAGCUGGUAGAGGAGGAUGUUAAGAAGCACGAGAAGGCUAUGCAGGGCAAUGUCAAGGUUGUUGGUGAUGAUAUAAAGAUGCUGGAGGAGAAGGUUGCGAAGCUGCUUGCAGAUGGGAAGGAAUAGGGGGG